UUUGUUGUCACAUGACCAGCGUGCCUGCGCCGCUUGCCUUGAGUUGUCUUCUAUUUCCGCGUUCAACCGAGGGGAGCGCUGGGCUGAAUGCGUCUUCACGGCCGCUCUGAGUCCACCUUUCACGCCGCGGAACUGCGUCGCCGUGCGGGGAUCAAUUGGGCGGGGGGAGACUCGCGCAAUCGCAUCGCCUGGACCCACGCUGCAGUAGGACCAUGCUCACGCGGGUGAAAUCGGCGGUGGCCAAUUUUAUGGGAGGUAUGAUGGCUGGUGGCUCUAACGGUGACCACCCCGGCGGCUCGGAUCUGCCGCUGAAAUACCCGUACAGCAGACCGGAGUUCCUGGGACUAUCGCUGGACGAGAUUGAGUGCUCGGCGGAUCACAUUGCGAGACCGAUCCUCAUCCUGAAGGAGAGCAAACGGCUUCCGUGGUCCACCGGCUACGCAGAGGUGAUCAAUGCAGGAAAAAGCACAUUAAAUGAGGACCAGGCCUGCUGUGAGGUGCUGGUGGUGAAAAGGAGACCUGCAGGAAUCUCCACACCCAACCGGACCCCUACGACCCGCAGGAGGUCUUCCCUGCCCAAUGGAGAGGGCUCGGGCCCCCGGGAGUGCCCGCCCACCAGUACUUUACUCAAGCCCAGCCAGAGCCUACAGCAAGCUCAUGAAAGCUCUGACAACCUCACCUUCAUCUACUGGGCGAUGUUUGAUGGCCACGCCGGCUCUGGGGCGGCUGUAGUGGCUGCCCGCCUUCUACAUCACCACAUCGCCCUGCACCUUCAGGAGGUGAUGGAGAUCGUCUGCAAUCCGAACCUGACGACCCCCACGUGCCUCGGGGAGGAGCCAAUCAAUCACCACCUCACCCCGACAUCCCAGCGCGCCCUCACCAGGGCCGCGUCCCUCCGCGGCGCCGCAGGAGCUCCCGGCUCACCCAGCACCCCACCCACGCGCUUCUUUACCGAGAAGAAGGUCUCACACGAGAGCCUGGUGGUCGGAGCCAUCGAGAAUGCUUUCAAAGACAUGGAUGUGCAGAUCGAGAAGGAGAAGGCGGUCUACAACGUCUCAGGUGGCUGCACUGCUCUGGCGGUGGUGUAUUUGCUGGGGAAGCUCUACGUCGGGAACGCUGGAGACAGCAGAGCUAUCAUUAUCCGGGCCGGGGAAGUCAUCCCCAUGUCAGCAGAGUUCACGCCGGAGUCAGAGAGACAGCGACUGCAGUUCCUGGCCUACAUGCAGCCCCACUUAUUAGGGAACGAGUUUACACAUCUGGAAUUCCCGAGGAGAGUUCAGAGAAAGGAGGUCGGGAAGAGGAUGCUGUACCGUGACUUCACCAUGUCAGGAUGGGCGUAUAAAACCAUCGAGGACGAUGACCUAAAGUUUCCCCUGAUCUACGGCGAAGGGAAGAAGGCUCGUGUGUUGGCGACCAUCGGGGUCACCAGAGGUCUGGGGGACCACAAUCUCAAAGUGCACGACUCCAACAUCUACAUUAAGCCCUUCCUGUCCUGCUGCCCAGAGGUUAAAGUCUACCCUUUGGCGCAGUGCGAGCAUGGAGCUGAUGACGUUCUGGUGCUGGGAACCGACGGUCUGUGGGACGUGCUCUCUAACCAGGAAGUGGCUGAAGCGGUCACUUGUUUCCUGGCAAACUGCGACCCCGACGACCAGCACAGGUACACAAUGGCAGCCCAGGACCUCGUAAUGAGAGCACGGGGGGUUCUGAAGGAUCGGGGCUGGAGGAUAUCCAACGACAGAUUGGGCUCUGGAGACGACAUCUCCGUCUACAUCAUUCCCCUCAUGUACGGCAACAAGCAGAACUAGCAGAGCUACGAAAAUACAACCACCACCGAAACGUAACCCCUCCUUGACCCCCGCAGUUCCCCUCACCCCUUGGUCUCUUUAUAAAGUGCUCUAGUGUGGACUUCCUCCUCUGCUGAGGGAUCCAAAUGUCUCUGGUCAGAAAUGGGAUUUUUCUUCUUUUUUUUGUCCAGGCUGUUUUCAGAUCAUCCUCAAUUAGGGUGACCUCUUUGUCUGGUCCUUUUUUUUUUAUAGUAAAGAAAUGUAAAAAGAGCUUGAGUUGAAGGUACUAAUCCCCCCCCCCCCCCCAAUCCAGAGGAAGCCAUCAUGAACCUUGUUGCGGGGCGAUGCCUUUAAGGCUGAGAGCAUAUAGACUCAUGGAGGAGAUGGUGAUGUGCAUCUCAGGAUUGCAGUUACUAACUAAUGCACAAUUAUUUAUAAAUGUGAAGAUGUAAAUACUCCAAGGUAAGACAUUUGAUAAGUGUGUUUACCUGUACAGUGUAACCCCCCCCCCCCCCCAAAAAAAAACACUAACCUGAAGACUGAUGUCCUGCAUAUAUAAAUCACACCUCCUCUGUUCCGUGUAGAGCUGUUAAAUUAGCCGCGUUCAGUCAUCUGCAGUCGUGAGUCUGUUGUCCAAAAGAAAAAACGUGAAAUCCUUCCAUAGAUAGUACGUCAGCUGUUUUUCCUGAUACUGCAUAUUUGUAUUCAUUUGCACGCCUCGUAAUUUGCAAUUCAGUGCUCGCUAACUUAAGAAAAUUCCUUUGAAAAUGAAGAAACACAUUCAUGAAGAAAAACUGUAACGGAAGGAGCUACGAGACCCUGCUCUCAUCAUAGCAUUACAUGUAGCCUUUAGCUUUUACAUUAAUUCAGUUUUAAGGUGGAAACACAAAGAAGUCUUUCUGUUGCACUCAUUCUCCGUCUGCCAUCUACCUCAUUAUUUACUUCCUUUUAUUGUAUUACCCAUUGUCCUCUUUGAGUGGCUGUUUGAAUGCUACGUCAGGUGCAUCAGCGGCUGCUUCCUGUGCCAUUAUUCAGCCAUGAUUUGCUCCCGUACCGGCACCAUUUGUGAACUUGUUUUGCAAAAAAGCACUGAAGGAAAAACGUCCUCACAGGGAACUGUGGGGGUGUAGUGUACGAAAUAUAUAUUUGUAUACAUAUUAUGCUCAAAAGCCCCUUUGUCAUGCACUCAUGUUUACCUUUCCUCAGUAACAGUUGGAUAUAUUGUCCCUAUAAAGAUAAAGAUAAACCCAUUCUUAUGAAUAUAAGGGGCCUCUGAAGAGAAUUGCUUUGAUUUUGAAUGUGUCAUUUUACAGCAGGUAUGAAUAACACUAUCAGUGCAGACAAAUGUACAACACGUGUGUGUCUACAAUCAAUAUUGUUGCUUGAUUCAUUGGUUUUCCACAUUUCCGUUUGUUUAGUUGUAGUUUUCAGCUUCUACUAAUUGUGGCACAAAAGUCUUAAUGCUGUGCGAGUGGCUGAAGCUGGUGAAACAUGGAACAGAGUGACUUAAUUUAAAUGUAAAAAUGUAAAUAAUGUUUUCAGUGGAAACUUCUCUUUCUUUUGCUGUAAGCGAUGUACAUCUUACUGAAACAAAAGACGUCAUUUGCACUGUUUUGGAAACCAAGGAACAGUGUAAAUAAUGGUUUAAAUGCUCACUUUUCUGCUCUAUUAAAAAAACGUUACCUUUUUUUCCA